AUGCCGGCAGCCAUAGUCACUGGUAGCACAAGUCCCAGAAUUCUUCAGAGUACUCCCAGGGUCAAACAUGCAACUCUAGUCUUACAGUCAUCGGCAGAGGAUAUGAGCAAGUCCCUGUCUCAUAUCCCGCCCGUGACAAGAAUUUACUUCUGUGCCUAUCUGGCGAACUCAGAUGAGGGAGAAGCCUCACACAUCAACGGCUCCAUGCUAUCAAACUUCCUUGAAGCGCUCAUCAAAUCUAGUCAAACUUGUGAACUAGAGCAUCUCAGCCUAACAUGUGGCCUCAAACAGUAUGGGGUACAUCAAGGACAGCCUAAGAAUCUCAUGCGUGAAGAUGACGAAGAAUUGCUGUUUUGGCUUGAGCAAGAGGAUCCCCUCCCGCAACUUCUAUUACAUCCAGCAGCGUAUUCUAGAGAAGUACACUGCGGACCACCAUAA